GCAAGCACAAAAGACCACCCGUGCCCGGCUUCCCAUGGGCUCCAACCCGGCCUGACCCUCUCCCCCCACCGCCGACCCGCGGCCCUUCCGGCCCGCCCCCGGGUAUCCGGUCAGCCCCGCUCCGGGGCGGGCUGCUGCAUAAAGGCUGGGCUCGGCCCACCGCCCCGCUCUCUAUGCUGCGCUUCUUCCGCGGGGUGCGGCCUCUGUGUUGAGUUACCUUCGUUCUUCAGCCCGGCAAGCAGAGAUAUCAGAAAAAAUAGCCUCAAGAUGAACUUCUUCCUGGAACUGCUCAAAGUCAUUGGACUUUCAACAUAUUACAUGCUGGAAUCACUGGUGUUUUUGUUUGUGCCUAAACGUAAGAAGAAUGUGAGUGGUGAAACAGUAUUAAUAACGGGAGCAGGGAGUGGAAUCGGAAGACUCUUAUCCUUAAAAUUUGCCAAACUUGGAGCCACGCUGGUUCUUUGGGACAUUAACCAAGAUGGACUCCAGGAGACACUUAGACUGGCCAAAGAAAAUGGAGCAGUAAGAAUACAUUCUUACAUCUGUGACUGCAGCAAAAGGCAGGAAGUCUACAGAGUAGCAGAUCAGGUUAAAAAAGAAGUUGGCGAUGUCAGCAUCCUGGUCAACAACGCUGGUAUUGUAACAGGAAGGAGCUUUAUUGAAUCUCCAGAUUCGCUUGUGGAAAAAACUAUGGAAGUGAACACAAUGGCACACUUUUGGACUUAUAAAGCCUUCCUUCCAGCAAUGAUAGCCUCUAACCAUGGACACUUGGUUAGCAUUGCAAGCUCAGCAGGACUGAUUGGAGUCAAUCGUCUUGCAGAUUACUGUGCCAGUAAAUUUGCAGCCGUUGGUUUUGCAGAGUCUAUUAGUUUAGAGAUGAGAGCUCUGGGAAAGACUGGUGUUAAAACCACAACUGUGUGUCCUUACUUCAUAAACACGGGGAUGUUUGAUGGCUGCAGCACCAAGUGGCCAUUUCUUCUCCCCAUUUUAGACCCAGAUUAUGUGGCUGAAAAGAUAAUGACUGCUAUUCGACGAGACCAAGCCAUUUUGUUACUACCACGCAUUUUGUAUUUCUUCUUUGCUUUGAAAAAUAUCCUACCAGUGAAAGUGGGCGUUCUCCUUGUGGACUUUGUUGGAGCCCUCCAUUUCAUGGAUAGCUUCAGAGGUCGAGUGAAGAAGGACUGAAAAUUGCACAAACUCAGCAACUGCAAAGCAGACCUUGUUAACGGUGGUGGUGGGAAAGGUCUGCUUCUCCAGCAGCUGCGAACUGAAGGUGCCUCACUUCUGCUUAAUGUUUUUAAGGAAAUUAAUUUUUAAUUGGAUCUUAAUCAACUGCUUUUACGUAAGCUUUUUUUUUUUUUUUUGUUCAACAAACUGUUUUCUUCUCCCCUUGUUCUGAAAGCAGGGAUAUUGAAAUGCAUUCCUUUGGCAAUAUAAUGAGAUGAUCUCAGGACUCACAGGUGUGACUAUGGAUCUCUUGGGGAACAAAAGAAUGUAAAUGAUAUUUGUGCUGCUAAUUGACUUCUUGUCUAAUUUAUUUUAAAAGCUAAUACUAUGCCCACAACUUUGCAAUGGAAAUCUUUGUAUCUCAUGAGUGCAAUAUUUUAGGAACAAUUUUAACUUUUCAUGUCCUUCGCAGAGUCUGUAGUUACAAAGCAUAAUGCUACCAGUUGACAUGGGCUGUCAAACAUCGUGCCAAGUAAGACAAUAGAAAUACCUUUGCUACUAAAACCAAAUUUAUUAUGUGGUGUAACUGGGGUUUCUCCUGGGACUGUUUCAGAAAGGAAUGUUGCUGUGUGAAUGGUAUAAAUAGAACUAUAGCUUGAGUAACUGCACAAUGUUUUGCUCCUGAACAGGGCAGCAGGCUGUCUUCCAUCUACAGAGACUUGUUUUAUUUGUGUUUACUCUUAGGACUGUCCUCAGGUAUGCUGAGGAGACCUUGUCGAUGACCACUUAGAGCCCCCCCUCCCCUUGUUUGUCUUU